ACCAUGGGCAUAUCCGUCACUUGACAUCAACCCCCAAAAGUCACCCAUCCCCCGAUCCAAACCCCGAUUUAGCCGAAAACCUUCAAAUCCACUCCAAAACCAAGGAGUCGACUCUUAACACCCUCUCUCUCUCUCUCUCUCUCUCUCUCUCUUCCAAAUCCAAGACUGCGCUUUUCCGCAGCUGGGAGGAGAAGAAAAAGAAGAAGAAGCAGAGCCCAGUCCACCACCGAAUUCCCCAAACAGCCCCUGCUCUUUUCCCCAAAUGCCGAGCCCGACCGCCCGUCCUCCAAUUUGAUCUGCUCAAUCGCCCCCGGAGCCUCUCCCUGAGGAAGAUGAUUGUCAGGACCUACGGCAGGCGGAAAACGGGAGGAGGGCUUAGGUCAUACUCUGACGAAGAGGACGACGACGACGUUUUGGACCCUUACAGGGACUCCCUCUCAUCCCAGGAGACAGCUCCUCCGGCUGAUAUCUUCGCCUUCUCCUCUCAGGACUCGGCUAACUUUGACUCCGGCGGUGGGGUCUCGAGGAAGCCCAAGAGGCAGAAGAGGGGCGAGGUGGUGGGUAAGGGGGACCGACCAGCGGAUUUAGGGUUCGUGGAUUACUCCGUGCUCCGGGCAACCUCAACCCUGAUGGAGACACAGGAGUUUGGGGAGAUGAUGGAGCACGUCGAUGAGGUUAAUUUCGCGCUCGAUGGGCUGAGGAAGGGCCAGCCGGCGCGGAUCAGGAGGGCGAGCUUGCUGUCCCUGCUGCAGAUUUGCGGUACCUCUCAGCAGAGGAGACUCUUGAGGAGCCACGGGAUGGUAAAGAAUAUAAUCAAUGCCAUUAUGGGUCUCAGUUUUGACGAUUCACCAAGCAAUCUGGCUGCUGCGACUCUCUUUUACCUUCUGAUUAGUGAUGGUCAAGAUGAGCAACUUUUGGAAUCGCCCAGCUGCAUCCAGUUUCUCAUAAAAUUGUUGAAACCAGUAACUUCAGUGGCUAAUGAAGACAAGCUCCCAAGGAUAGGGUCCAAGCUCUUACGAGUAAGAAACGAUGCUGGGGUUCUUCGAGGUACAUCUAGCAAGUUAGAUCGCAGCUCUGUCACUAUCAUAAGUAGAGUUAAGGAAAUCCUUGGGAGUUGCAAGGAAUUGAAGUCAACCCUUGGGGAUGAUUGUGCAUUGGGCAGACCAGAGUUAAGUGCCAAAUGGAUUGCACUGUCAACCAUGGAGAAAGCUAGUGUCUCCACAAUUUCUCUUGAAGAAACUUCUGGUAUUGUAAGGAAAACGGGAGGCAACUUUAAGGAGAAACUGAGAGAGUUUGGUGGACUUGAUGCAGUGUUUGAGGUCGCGAUGCAUUGUCAUUCUGUUAUGGAGGAUUUGAAAGAUAGUGGUUCUUCUUCCAUCUGGCAUGCUAGAGAUGGCACACUUCUGGAGAGCUUGGUGCUGCUUUUAAAAUGUCUAAAGAUUAUGGAAAAUGCCACUUUCCUUAGUAAAGAUAACCAGGAUUAUUUGCUGAAAAUGCAAGGGAGCUCGGAUCAUCAGGGAUACCGUUUAUCUUUUACUAAACUAGUUCUAAAUGUAAUCAAGAUUCUUUCAGGUCUCUCUUUGCGUAAAAGUUCUGCUGCUGCUGCACAUGAUGAUAAGUCAAAUAUGGCUGGAGGGGUUGCUUCUGAACUGGCUUUAAUCCCAGAAGACUCAGCUGAUGAAGUUUUCUCCUUCCAGUCCUUUAAAGAGCGAUGCAGCAUGGAGGAGAGCUCAUCCCAAAGGAGUUCUGAUACUUUCCAGGACAAUCACUGGUUGUCAUCAGCACCUUCAAGAUAUUCUUCAUCGUUUCCGGAAACGAAAACAUCCUCCUUGAAUGGUAGCUGCUUGUUGAAGAGUAGUGUGAGCGCUGCUUCAGGUUCAUGUGGGGAGACAUCAAAGAGUUCAAGUAGCCAGACCAUUCCAAUUAGUAAUGGUUUGAAGAACUUUUCCCGGGACAAGAGAUGUGAUUUGUCUGAAAGUUCUGCAUUUGAUCUUUCAGAGGACAGCGAAGAUCCUUAUGCAUUUGAUGAGGAUGAAUUUGAGCCGUCUAAGUGGGAGGUGCUAUCGGGGAAGAAGGGAUCAUCAAAGAGUAAAAGGGGUAGGUUGGCAGUUGGGGGGGCCAAAGAUGUUGUUCAGUUGCAGCCAAUGAAGAACAAGGAUUCUGAUAGCUUCGAGUAUCCAAUGCAAGAUUCAAAUACUUGUGAAAGCCAUCAAUCUCAGGAAGCUUUUUGCUCUGGGGCCACUGAUGAAGAAAGUACCAAACUUUUAGCUGACUGCCUCCUUACCGCUGUCAAGGUGUUGAUGAACCUGACAAAUGACAAUAUUUUGGGCUGUCAGCAAAUUGCGACUUGCGGAGGACUUGAGACAAUGGCUUCAAUAAUUGCUGCCCAUUUUCCUUCAUUUAGCUCAUCAUCUUCUUCUUCAUUUUCUCUGUGUGAGAUUGAAGAGUAUGGCAUUCAUAUCGAAUUUGACCAUCAGAGGGAUAAUCAUCUCACCGAUCAGGAGAUGGACUUUCUUGUUGCUAUUCUGGGACUGCUUGUGAACUUGGUUGAGAAAGAUGAGAGUAACAGAUACCGACUGGCAUGGGCAAGUGUUACAUUACAUGAUUCGGAAGGUUCACAGAGCGAGGGUCAGAAGGAAGUUAUCCCAUUGCUGUGCUCUAUAUUUCUUGCUAACAGAGGGGAAAGCGAGAUGGCUGGUGAAGAAAACGAUCAACCAUGGGACCCUGAAACGGUGAUGGAACAAGGGGAAAAAGAAGCAGAGAAGAUGAUCGUCGAAGCUUACACAGCCCUGCUUCUUGCAUUCCUUUCGACUGAGAGCAAGAGGACACGUGAUGCGAUUGCUGGGUGUCUCCCGAAUCGCAAUCUGGCGAUUCUUGUGCCUGUAUUGGAGAGAUUUGUGGCAUUUCACUUGACGCUAGACAUGAUGACACCCGAAACUCACAAGGCAGUUAGCGAAGUGAUUGAGUCCUGUCGGAUUCCCUGAAUGGAAGCGGUAUACAAACUUUGGAGAUCUCCUUUGUACAGCUGAAUCCCCUCUCCUGAUUUCUCAACUCCAUUCAAAUCACAGGAAACCUGCGCAAUAUGCUGUGGAUGAACACCAAUAUGCUCUGUAUCAAUACUAGUCAAAUAGGUUGAUCUUCUUAGUUGGUCUCUUUUUUCUUUUUUGCUUCCCCUCCCGUCUUGCGGGUUUGUUCUUUUCUACAUUUUGUUUUCCCACUUAGUGGUUUCUUUCUAGUAAAUUUCUGUUAGUUGUUUCGUCGCCGCCUUGGCGUAUAGGCUUAGGAGCUCGUAUACCGAUCAUUAGCAGGAGUUAAGGUAGCUUGAAGUCGAAUAUACCUCUCCUUAUAUAACUUUUCUACGGAAAAUUUGUAAAUCUCCUAUUCUUUUUCUGGUUCUUGCUGUUGGGUC